AUAUGCGAGAUGACACAUUGACCUAAAACCGACUUCUCUCACUGCAUUGAAUGAUCCAUUAUAUAGCUUCUCAAGGGAUGGUUCGAUGUUGAGUCAUGUUGCCAUAGUUUGCAUAAUGCUCCAUCAUGUUGGCGUCACAGUAGAAGGUACGUGACAUAUCUGUUCCAUAAACCCACCAACUGACUAGACCAGAGGACUUAAUCUUAAAGAUACUGUGUGUUCGUGAUGGCAACUCCGGCAGAUAGAGCAAUGGCGUCUGGCUGGAGCAUAGACCUUGUGAUGAUUGAUGGUGCUGUGGAGGCUGCCUUGUUGUUGGACAAGAUGAAGACGAUGAGGUCUCGCCACGUCCGUGAUGACGACAUCUAUAUCUGUACAUUCCCAAAGACAGGUACUCACUGGGUUUGGGAGAUCGUUCACAUGAUCGUGGCAGGCAAACCAACGUACGCUAAACACUGGCAGAACAUUUCCUGGUUGGAUUGCCGAACAGAGCAGGAGAUAGAUGCCCUCCCGUCCCCCAGGAUAAUCCACACUCAACGUCGUCCUGGACAAUUGCCAAGGGACAUAUGGCAGAAGAAGAGCAAGGUGAUUUACGUCAAUAGAAACCCGAAGGACGCUGCCGUGUCGACCUUCUCUCAGGCCAGCAAGCAGGUGUGGAAGGACAACCCGGCAGGGAAACAUACCUUCAGCGGAUCCUGGGACGAAUUUGUCACUCUAUACCAAGACGGAUGUGCGCCUUUUGGGUCCAUUCUUGAACACGAUCGUCAGUGGAAAAAUGUAACAGAUAUUGAUGUCUGCCGUGUUCAGUUUGAGGAAUUGAAGAAGGACAGUGUGUCAAUAGUCAAACGAAUAGCAGAAUACCUUGAGCGCCCCCUGUCGGAGGAAAUGUACCGUGAAAUUGCCGAGGCAUGCGGUUUUGAAAAUCUCAAACAUGCCAAUGAAAAGCUUAAAGACCAGACCUAUCACAAUAACUGGCAAGAAGGAUCAAGUGGAUACUUUAGAAAGGGUCAGUCGGGCGAAUGGAAGAAUUGGUUCACUGUGGCACAGAGCGAACGUUUUGAUCGGCUAUAUGAAGAAACAUUCAAUGAAAAGUUUCCUUACUGAAACUACCCUAUCAAACAGAUGCACAUCUGAACCAAGUGUUAAUAAUGUAUCGUGUCUCAUGAAGAAUUAUUGUCGAGUAAUAUCGGACGUUUGAGAUGUGUAGUCAAUAGACAAUUUAAGGAGUAAACUUAUAUUGUUAAUUUCUCAAAGGGAAUUUCCUUACUUACGCACCUGGUACUGAUAGAGAAUACCAGGGGGCUAUAAUGUGAAAUAAAAAUGAUGGUAUCUA